UGGGUUAGCUGCCACUUGUAUGUCUCUGGCAUGGAUUCUUUGUUUGAAUUCGUUGAUUGCUCAAUCCGCUCCUACUAUUACUUCCAAAGUUUUGAAUAUUUCGCGCGCAGUCUUCGCACUAUAUUUCUACGUAGCAGUGCAAGACAAUCUAAACAGGACACGUUUGAAACGUAUUUGUUUUUCUUUUUUUUUUACACGUGUUAUUGUUUGCUACAGGUCGUGAUAUCUAAUACAGUGUUCCGAAAUAAAUUUUUGUUACAAGACGAAUAUUUCCUCAUCGAGACGAUUCUCAUCAUUUGCUUAUUCAAUUAAAAUGAACUAUAGAGGAAAUAGAAGGCAAGACAAUGAUCGUGAUAGAUGGGACAGUCAGAAUUCAUCAGCAAAUAAAAUUAGAGAAGAUAGGGCACAACCAUAUACCCCUAAGUGCUCUGAAAAUGGAGAAUGUAUAAUGUUUAUUGAUGCAAAAGAUUAUGGUAGACUUGUCGGAGUCGGUGGAAGUCAAAUUAGAGCUCUGGAAGAGGAGACCAACACAAAAAUUACUGCUAGGAAACAGCAGUCAAAUAACAGAUGUAUGGUAUCAAUAUAUGGCAAAAGAACAGUUCAUAUGCAGACUAUCCAGAGAAUAAGGGAAUUAUUAGGAUAUGCACCUCUUGAAGAAAAGAACUCAGGUCCGAUUAACUGGAAAGAGGCUGAGAAAUUAUGUGAUGAAUACACAGAAGCAAAAUGGGCCAAGUUUCCACCAAUUAUAAAGUAUUUUUACAAAGAAGAUCCAGCUGUUGCUAAUAUGUCGGAAAAGCAUGUAGCUCAGUUCAGGAAGAAUAAUAAUAACAUAGAAGUUAGGCAUGUUUUUGAGACUGAGAACUCGGCCAGUAAGAUUAAAGUACCGAAUCCUGUUGAAAAUUUUGAACAAGCUUUUAAGGAUUAUCCUGAUAUCCUUCGUGAGAUACGAAAACAAGGAUUUCAAAAACCAAGUCCUAUACAAUGUCAGGCAUGGCCUAUUCUAUUGAGUGGUCAUGAUCUUAUUGGAAUAGCACAAACUGGAACUGGAAAAACUCUUGCCUUUCUACUGCCUGCUCUUAUCCACAUUGAUGGGCAAACUUCACAAUCAAGGUGCAAAGGACCAAAUGUUCUUGUUUUGGCACCAACAAGAGAACUGGCAUUACAAAUUGAAAAGGAAGUAGGAAAAUAUUCCUAUCACGGCAUUAAAGCGGUAUGCGUGUAUGGUGGUGGAAAUCGCAAGGAACAGAUUAAUAUGGUAACAGGUGGUGUAGAAAUAGUAAUUGCAACUCCCGGAAGAUUAAACGACUUGAUAACGGCAAACGUCUUGGAUUUGUCCUACGUAACGUACCUUAUCCUCGAUGAAGCCGAUCGUAUGUUGGAUUUGGGUUUUGAGCCGCAAAUUCGUAAAGUUUUGCUUGACAUACGACCUACUAGACAAACAGUUAUGACAAGUGCUACAUGGCCUCAAGGUGUGAGACGUUUAGCACAAUCAUACAUGAAAGAUCCGCUUCAAGUAUUCGUUGGAUCGCUUGAUUUAGCGGCAGUUCACACUGUAACACAGACAAUCUGUUUGAUUGAUGAAGAGGAGAAGAUGGAUAUGAUGUUUGAUUUCCUUCGACAAAUGGGUCCCGACGACAAGGUGAUAGUAUUCUUUGGCAGGAAAGCCUCGGUGGAGCAUGUCUCUGCUCUAUUAGCUUUAUCGUAUAUCAAUUGUCAGAGCAUUCACGGCAACAGGGAACAAGCGGAUAGAGAGCAAGCGUUAGAAGAUAUGCAGACCGGACAUGUUAAAAUUCUUCUUGCAACGGACGUGGCUAGUCGAGGGCUUGAUAUCGGUGAUGUUACACAUGUACUGAACUAUGACUUCCCACGAGAUAUAGAAGAAUAUGUUCAUAGAGUCGGACGUACCGGACGCGCGGGUCGCACAGGCGAAAGUAUUACUUACAUGACGAGAAAUGACUGGUCUCAUGCUAAGGAACUUAUCAAAAUCCUGGAAGAAGCGCAUCAAGAGGUACCUGAGGAAUUAUAUAAAAUGGCUGAGAGAUAUGAAGCGUGGAAAAACAAAAAGGCACAAGAGGGGGGCAGAAGAGGAGGAGGUUUCAGUGGAGGUCGCAAUCGUUAUAGAAAUUGGUAAAAUCUAAUUGAUCAAUAAUGCGAUGAUGUGAUUGACACUAUGUAACUUUAAGGUUGAGAAACUUUAUGUACUUUACGGUUAAAAAACAUUAUUAUUAUCAAAGUACAAAGUACAAAAAGAAAGACAAUCCUCAUUUUAUGCAUAGAAGAGUUCUUACGCGAUACAUCGCGAUUUCUUUUUUUAUUUAGAUUGUACGAUUUCUCAGAGGAGACAAUGGAGUGUUUAUUUUUGUAUUAAUCGCCAAAGAUAAAUAGGUAAUUUAGAUUUAGUAGUUACAGCACUUCAUUAAGGUUUCAACUUUAAGAUUAGCAGUACCACGUUUUAAGGAGUGGCGUAUGCAAUUGAUACAACGAAAUACAUUACAAAUCUUUGUAUUAUAAUGUAUUUUUAAAUCAAACAAUUCUAAAUUAUUAUAUAGUCAAAUUGGCGAUAUAUAUAAUCCUGUCUUACAAAGUUAAUAGUGUGCAAUUAACGGUAAAUUUAAAUACAAGCUAAAAUAGGAUUUUCACAAAUUUUGUAAAGACAUAAAAGAAGUUUAUAUUAAUUUCGCAUUGCGUCUAUUUUUCCACAAAACGUACGCUUAUUCUAAAGUUAUUCUACUUAUAUUUGUUUAUUCAGAUAAUUUUAAUUCAUUAACUUUAAAUACAAUGUACUUCUCUAUUUAUAAACGACUGUUAGAGAGAAAUAUAUUGUUUCAUUUAUAUAUGUUUAAAAUAAAAAUAAUAAAUAGCA